AUGGUGCGUGCGAACUACAACCGGCUGAACAGAAAGAAAGAAGCGCAGUGUCUGGCGGGAAACAUUGGCGACGAUAGAAUAUUCGAAUUCAAGGACAUGGGCGAUGCCAGUCCGCUUUUCAGCAUCAGGUGGAAUCAGUUGACGAUAACAAUGAAACCGCUCAUUCUGUACGACAUCCCCUCCCAGUUGCCUGGAAGCUACUGGUCUCCAAAUACAUCGAAGCCCAGGUUCGUGUUAAGCUACAAGGAGCUACCUUUCGAAACUGUCUGGGUCGAGUACCCAGACAUUGCGAGUGUUCUCAAGGGUCUCGGCCUGGCGCCCAAAAAGAGACCCGACGGUACAGAUAUAUACACCGUUCCUGUCCUCAGCGAUCCCAACACUGGCGCUCUGAUCGAUGAAUCCCUCGAGAUCGCAGCGUAUCUCGAGAAAACAUAUCCCGCAAAGCCAAUCUUCCCGCACGGCUCUCAGAUGCUCAUUCGCGUAUUCAACUCUGCAUAUCUUAACGACGCGCACCCCAUCAUAAAGCUGAUAUAUGUGCGUACUGCAGAGAUUCUGAACCCCGCAAGCGUGGAGUAUUUCCGUCGAACGCGCUCGGAGAGGUUUCAACUUCCGUGGGAGGAUUUUUCACCCGAAGGCCCGAAACGCGAUGGAGAUUGGGCAUAUCUUGAGCAGAGUUUCAGUAAGGGAGAAGCGUUACGCGAGAAGAGCGGCACGGAGUGGGUUAUGGGAGAUACGUUCUCGUAUGCGGACAUCAUCGUGGCAAGUCGACUGUUCUGGUACAAGCGCGUCUUGAAGGAAGAUGAGUGGGCGAGGAUCAGCUCUUGGAAUGGAGGAAGAUGGGCAAAGGUGCUGGAUAAGGUUCAGCAGGAAUGUCACCUGGCGUGA